AUGAUUGACACUGUAACAGGACCCGGGACACAGCCCUUCGCAGCCCGGCUGAAGCCCCUGAUUGAUCUGGAGGGCCGAUACCAACCAAAGCUGAGUGGCUUGAGGCUUAUUGAAAGCGCCCAGGACAACGGCCUCAGGAUGACUUCUCGACUGAGGGAGCUGGAGGUGAAGGACCUGCUCUCUCUGACCAGGUUCUUUGGUUUCAGCUCGGAGACCUUCUCGCUGGCUGUCAGUUUGCUGGACCGAUUUCUGUCUGUAAUGAAGAUUCAGCCAAAGCACCUUUCCUGUGUCGGCCUGUGCUGCUUUUACAUUGCUGUGAAAUCCACAGAAGAAGAGAAGAACGUGCCCCUGGCCAGUGACUUGAUCCGCAUCAGUCAGAAUCGCUUCACGGUGUCUGACAUGAUGAGGAUGGAGAAGAUCAUCAUGGAGAAGCUCUACUGGAAGGUGAAGGCCCCCACGGCCCUGCGCUUUCUCCGCCUCUUUCACAGCCACGUCCUGGAGCAGCUCGACUCUGAGAGCAUGAAGAUCCUGAGCCUUGAGAGACUGGAGGCGCAGCUGAAAGCCUGUCACUGCUCAUUUGUCUUCUCCAAAAUAAAGCCAUCUCUACUUGCCUUGGCUCUCCUGUGUUAUGAGGCCCAUGAGCAACAUGACCCCGAGCACCUCGACAAAGUAUCUGAGGCCUUGAGCAAUCUGCAGCAGCAGCUAAAUAUCAAAGACGGAGACCUGGUUUGCAUGCGUGAGUUAGCUGGAAAAUGCCUGGCUGAGUACGCCACCGCAAAGUGCUGCAAGCCGAAUGUCCAGAGACUUCGCUGGACUAUUUCGGGGAGAACUGCACGUCAGCUGAAGCACAGCUACUACAAGAUCACUCACCUUCCCACCAUACCUGAGUCAGCUUGUUAAAACCUGGGUGACCUUACAUGCAGAGAAAGAUUACAGCUGUCACCACUGUUACAUCUUUGCAGUAUGGUCACCCACUUGCAGCUCCAGCUUUAUUUUCCUUACAGAUCUUCAUCUGUGAUGAUGAAUGUCUUUAAGGAAAAGCUAAAAAAAAAAAUUCCUUAAGUUUGUAACCAUAUGUUGAUCAGACACAAUUUUUCUAUCCCUAUGACAAGGAGUAAUGCUUCCUCAGAAAGGAUGUUUUAUUUUCCUGGUUGAGUUGUUUGCACAGGUGUCUAGUAUGUUCUUGUUUAAAUCCGUACCACGGUGUUUGGUAUUUCCUGGAACGGGUUGCUGGUUUUAAGCUAAUAAGUAUAGAACCACCUAGGUCCUCAGUCCACCAUGUGGAAGAGGAGGGAGAGGGAUUUUGUGAACAGCAAAAAUGGAACCAAAAAAAUCGGGCCCAAAGUCCUUCACUCCCACCCUAGGUUGAUAAGCUGUCCUGAAUGCACACUCCUACCCAAGGUGAUUUUUUUUUUUUUUUAUUAAAAAAGUUAAUUUUGACGUGGCGAGGGAACUCUGGUUUGCACCAGUGAAGUGAAGCUAGUGAUGAUCUUCGGCUCAUCACAGUGUUUGAGAUGAAACAUUACCAGCGGUUACAGAUGAGUUAUUUUCACUGACUCUUAAAUUUGUGGACACUGAGUGAAGCAUCACAAAUAUAUCGAGUUCAGUUGUCUUUUUUUUUGGAGAGCACACACAAAAAAAGGUCAUUGCAGUGGAAAUGUAGGUUGGAAUUUAUUGCAUUUUCUGUGCCAGUUUCCCUGUUUAGUCCUCAUUUUAGUGAAAAAAAAAAAUCCCAAAAUGUGGUCUCAAAUUCAAAGGGACUGACU